UUGAACCGGCUUCCCACACAAUAACUGCGGACCCGGGAAAGGAGCACAUCGCCACCGGGAGUCGACGGGUAAACGGUGGAGGCUCUGCGAAGAGCGAACGCUUUUAAAACGACUGUUUGGUUCAGUUUUCUUGUACUCAGUGGUGUCGCACAGACAAGGUGCGGUUGAGCGAGGCUCCGAGGAACUGUGUGUGAGGCGAGCGAGUCGCAGGUCCGCACGGAGGGCUCCGCUCCGGGUCCAGCCGAGCUCAGCUGCGCAGGGAGAAAGAUGUCCGUGUUCGGACACUCGGACUACUUGGCCGCCCAGUGGCUCCUCCUCAUGUCGCACCAGCCCGUUCUGCACCGCCCGGCCCCUGUGGCCCCUGUUGCCCCUGGAGGCCUGGGCCCCCUCCGGGGCCUUCCGCAAGGGGACACCGAGCAGGAGUCCACGGAGGACCGGGAGGUGUACGACACGCUCAAGGAGGGGGGCAACAUCGUGGACGUAGCCGGCACUUUGGCGGCUUUAAGUGGGAAGUUCCGCCCGAUGUCGAGCCGUUCGGAGAGCAGCGCUUCCUCGGCCGGCGACCCGGAGAGCCUGUCCUGUGGGGAAAGCGGCUACACCACGCUGUCGGACUCCACCACGCCGACCCCCACCAUGACUCCUUCGGCCACCCCGACGCCCGGUCAACAAGCGCCGCCGCAGCCCUCGGGAGCGGGAGCGCCGGCGUCACCACAUCCGGCGCGGUCCCCGGUCAAAAGACACCUGUGCACGUUCGCGGGCUGCGACCGCGUCUACGGGAAGUCGUCGCACCUGAAGGCGCACGUGAGGACACAUACAGGUGAAAGGCCCUUCCCCUGUGCCUGGCCAGGCUGCGAGAAGAAGUUUGCCCGCUCUGAUGAGCUGGCACGCCACACUCGGACCCACACGGGAGAGAAGCGCUUUCAGUGUCCGCUGUGCGAUAAGCGCUUCAUGCGCAGCGACCACCUGAUCAAGCAUGCCCGCCGCCACCCGGACUUCUGUCCCUCCAUGAUUGGCCGCAAGGGCCCAUGUGCCCCCGCGCAGGGACUGUAGCUGCUCGGAAGGGCAUCCGCUACAGUACAGAAUAGUCUUGGUUCUGGAGUCUCUCUUUCACUCAAGAAAAUACGGGUGCGAGAUGGUACUCUUAAACCUACAGCAGAGCAAGACUCCACACUUUUCUCUUCAUUGAUAUACAGUAUAAACAGUUUGUAAAUAGAUGCAUAUUUUUAUUACUAGGAGGGAUCAGACAGAUUACAGAUGAAUCCUUGUCCGGACUAUACUACCAGCACAUACCUCUGCUAUAAUGAUAGUUGGUGUUUCAGUGUUAGCUUCUAACACUUAAGUCGAGUGGCGUUAAUGCAAUCGUAGCUUACCACUGUAAAGCAGCUCAGACUAUUUCGGUCAUUGUGCGUUGAAGGGGUUAAUCAAGAAGGGUACUUUACUGUGCUCUUUGCAGUUUUAGUUUUGCAUAGUAGGUCAGCUUGUGCCUGCAGUGGCAGUGACCAAAGAACCUGCCUGUGGAUACUGGCCCAGUUGCAGUACAGGAAUGGGGUUUUAUUCCAGACCCGUUGGGAAGUCUACUCAUCUGGCCUUUCCUCACCCCUUUUACCCAUUGCAGAUGGUUCCGAAUGAUAGACUGAAUGCGACACUUGCUGCUGGUGCUGCAUCUUUCCAACGUCUUUUCCUUUUCAUGUUAAAGUAUGAUCGUAGAAAUUUUGACGGCCGUCGGUUGCGUUAUUUUAGCGGUUUUGUUGCUUCAUUAGUUUGCGUGGUCGUCGGGGGGUCGGGGCUGCACCUUAACCCUGGAACGUACCCAGGUUUUGGUGGAGUAUCCAUUAGAAUGUGCCUGUCGUCACAUGGUAGCGUUGCAUCUGAUUCUGGUGCAUUUUCUGUAAGCUUAAAGCUUUUGUAGUAGAAAUAAUAGUAUAAAUACUACUUGUAGUAUUGCUCAUGGUUUACUUUAGUCCUUAUAUUAGGGGUAAUAUGAUGUGCUUGGCUAGGCUGCAGCUGCUUUUUUGUGCGAGACUUUUGUAUCACUGUUAGCAAGCGCUCCCUGCUCCGCCUCGUCUCAGGUCAAAUGGCUGAAGCGCAGCAAAUUCAGUAGAAGAACAGAAAAGCCUUAAUAUGAAGCUCAUGCAUUUUUACAAUAUGAUUCAUAGACACAUGGAAGCAUAUGUUUAUGCAAUGUAGCACUUCUAGGUUUUUACUUCUAGCGAGUGUCUUUCCAUUAUUCUUCACUGUGUACAGUGCUCCCAUGCUCAGUAUGGUCAGCACUGUGAUAUCCCAGCGUGCUGGGCUCCAGCCGGCCCGUGUAAGCUCCACAUGUUGAGUGCAUCCGUAUCCAUAAGCCAGUUCGUAGUGAUGUACCACAGAUGUCCAAGUGCUUCAUGAAGUGCAAUAGAGGACAGAAUAUGGUGAAUACACUGUUAUUUGUGUAAUCUGCACAAAUAUUGCCCUAAAGGGCAGCGUGGCGUUUGGUUUAUAAACACAUGUUAACCUUCCUGAUAGCCAGCCAUUCAUUUUUUGUCCACUCCAGAGGACAUGUUUUGAGUGCCUGUCUCAAACUGUACAUGUUCCUGCUAGUCUGAAUGCACCUUAUAAAGGACAUUGUGUGCUUUGUGCAAAGAUACCACAUGUUUGGGAAAGGAGCUUGGACAGCUUUCUGGAGCUGCAUCCAUUCCAUAGGGAUUGUUGUUGCUGGGUCUCUGAGAUAGGAGAAAUAUUGAAAAGGGUGAAGGUGGAAAGGCUGUUGCGGUUAGCUGGUUUCGCCCCUAGAGGGGGUCACUGUGCCCUCGGACUCCACGCCGCGCAGAGCGCAGUGCGGGAGUUGAGCUUUGCACGUGAACAGGGGCCUCAUUCCAUUUGUUCCCCUGCUCUGAAACUGUGCAACUGUUUGAGUGAGUAAAAGUGAGAGCGGCUUGCACCGACACUCGAGCACUCUGGCUUAUUUAAACAACACUUUUUUAGGAACUUCUAGCAAUGAAAUUGGAUGAAUAUGGAUGUUUGGUCCAACACAGAGCUCUGAUUCAAUGUGGUUUUAUGUACAUUUGAUGUAAUGAGGACAGAGUUGCUGGCUUCUUUGUCCUCAGACGGUCUUCCAGAGGUAAAUGCCCUACUUUUCAGCACAAGUUUUGCAAAUUAGACAUUUUCCAGGAGGAAUAUCCCAGCUAUUUAUUUUUAUUAAGGGAGUUUGACCAGCGGGGACGCUCCAGUGGACUUCACGGUGUGUCUCCUCAUGUCUCCUUGUGUGAGAUAUCCGUCAUUCUCCUUGACCCAGUGUGAGAAGUGGGCCUGGCCUUGCUGCCGACUGCUGUACGCUGUAGACCACCUGUCAGCGUGGGCCCAAGCCGAUGCUCCGGCCCCUGACCCCCGUUUCACACUCUGCACACUGCACUUCAGUUCAUCGGGGGGGGUUUCUCACGGCAGGAGGUAGUGCUUAACGGCAGAGCCCUUAAGGUGAACCGCUUCCGUUGCCAGGACUGGCCCUCUGGUAGUAUCUUUGUACAGGGUGCUUAACGCAAAUCGCCGCAGCGAGACACCUCGCUGUAUUAUGGGUGGAGCCAUAAGUCACUUUGGACAGAAGGGGUCGGAUAAGCAGCACAAUAAUUAUAAAUAAUAUGUGCCGCUUAGUGACGUCCAUGUAAGUUCGCUUCCUCUUGGAGACGAAUGUUGUGACUUUCCAUUUACAGUCUCAUUUCCCCAUUAGGGCUUUUAUGUGUUUUCCAGCUUGUGCAUUCGGUUUGCUGAAUGAGCUCCUUCUUCUUUUCUCUGUUCCCUUUUACAUGUACAUUUAUUCAUUUGGCAGACACCUAUCUCCAAAGCGACAUACAUCUCAUAGAAGAUUCAUUAUACAGUCUUAUUUUGUUCCAGUUUACUUAUCUUGGUAGUGAGGGAGCUGAUGUGGCUCCUGCUCUGAACUACAAUCUCUAUAAACCCACAUCUGUUUACAUGACACAAGUC